AUACCCCGUCAACACUGUUUUUUUUUUUUCAAAUUAUUCAAUCCAGAGUUUUGAAAUGCCUGUCACAUUAUUCUGGCUAAGAGCUCGUCCAACUCUUGUCUCCGGUCCUUCGUUGUCGUGGGGAUGACGUAAUUCUGCAGCAUACUACGAGCACAUCAGCUGAAACGGCAGACGUCGUGAUCCGGCAUCAGGAGCAGACCGAGCUAUCACAGAACCUUUUUUAAUUCUAAACCCGCUCGCCCUAGCUUCCACCAUCAAAAUGCGCGAAAUAGUCCACCUGCAAGCCGGACAAUGUGGAAAUCAGAUCGGAGCCAAGGACCACACCUCAUCAUACCUCAUCCCCCACAUCACUGCCCACCUCCACCUGUCUGCAUUUCCUGGACUGCAGUCGUAAUAAAGUUGAAAGAGUCGGAAUCCUUGUUGUUGGUGUUCUUGCUGACACCCCGUGGCGAUCGCACCUUUAGUGACACCCCAAACCUAGGGAUCCAAGGGAGCAGUUCUGGGAGGUGAUUAGUGACGAGCAUGGCAUCGACCCCACGGGGACAUACCACGGUGACAGUGACUUGCAGCUGGACAGGAUCAGCGUGUACUACAAUGAGGCCACAGGUGGGAAGUUUGUUCCCCGGGCCAUCCUGGUGGACCUGGAGCCCGGCACCAUGGACUCAGUCCGCUCCGGGCCCUUCGGACAGAUCUUCAGACCCGAUAACUUUGUGUUUGGCCAGAGUGGCGCCGGAAACAACUGGGCGAAGGGCCACUACACAGAGGGGGCGGAGCUGGUGGAUUCGGUCCUGGACGUGGUGAGGAAGGAGGCUGAGAGCUGCGACUGCCUGCAGGGCUUCCAGCUCACCCACUCCCUGGGCGGGGGCACGGGCUCGGGCAUGGGCACCCUGCUCAUCAGCAAGAUCCGGGAGGAGUACCCCGACCGCAUCAUGAACACCUUCAGCGUGGUGCCCUCCCCGAAGGUGUCCGACACGGUGGUGGAGCCCUACAAUGCCACCCUCUCUGUCCACCAGCUAGUGGAGAACACGGAUGAGACCUACUGCAUCGACAACGAGGCACUCUACGACAUCUGCUUCCGCACGCUCAAGCUCACCACCCCCACCUACGGAGACCUCAACCACCUGGUGUCCGCCACCAUGAGCGGCGUCACCACCUGCCUGCGCUUCCCCGGCCAGCUCAACGCCGACCUGCGCAAACUGGCCGUCAACAUGGUGCCCUUCCCCCGCUUGCACUUCUUCAUGCCCGGCUUCGCCCCCCUCACCAGCAGGGGGAGCCAGCAGUACCGCGCCCUCUCCGUGCCCGAGCUCACCCAGCAGAUGUUCGACGCCAAGAACAUGAUGGCGGCGUGCGACCCGCGCCACGGGCGCUACCUGACGGUGGCCGCCGUGUUCCGCGGGCGCAUGUCCAUGAAGGAGGUGGACGAGCAGAUGCUGAACGUACAGAACAAGAACAGCAGCUACUUCGUGGAGUGGAUCCCCAACAACGUCAAGACCGCCGUCUGUGACAUCCCGCCGCGCGGCCUCAAGAUGGCCGCCACCUUCAUCGGCAACAGCACCGCCAUCCAGGAGCUGUUCAAGCGCAUCUCGGAGCAGUUCACCGCCAUGUUCCGCCGCAAGGCCUUCCUGCACUGGUACACCGGCGAGGGCAUGGACGAGAUGGAGUUCACCGAGGCCGAGAGCAACAUGAACGACCUGGUGUCCGAGUACCAGCAGUACCAGGACGCCACCGCAGAGGAGGGCGAGUUCGAGGAGGAAGGCGAAGAGGAAGUGGCCUGAGCUUUGCUCUCUCCACACCCACGUCCCUUCCCCUCCCUUCUCCCUUCAGUCUGUUUUCUCUCUAUCGCUCCUCUACUCCCUCCAUCUCAGGCCUCCCCUUUUCUCUGUGGUUAAUCUGAAGAGCACACAUUCAUUUUUUCUCAUGCGUUGUAGGAAGAAAAAAAUACAGAGUUGGUGUAGUGACAUUGGUGAUGUUUCUGUUGUUGUUGUUGUUUGGGUUUUUUAAGUUAUUUGUGCUGUGCUACAUUCACUUUCAUGCUGUGACUCAAAAUAAUGAACAGCAAACAAAUUCUACGACAAGGAGGAAUAAACAAGUAAUAAUAAAAUGUCUGUUUGACUUUGAUUGAAUAAAGACAUUGAAAACCUGGAUUAA